GCCGCGGCUGCUCCAGCCCCGGGGGUGCCGGCGGCGAUUGGUUCCCCCCCUCCCCUGGUGGGGGCGGCCUCGGGACCGGCGUGGCAUCGACUGGCGGCCCCCGAGCCCGGCGGCGGCGCUCGCCUGCAACGCCGCCCUUCUGGAGGCGGCAGGAAUCCCUAAAAGGCAGAGCGGCUGCGCCGGCGCGCAGAGGCUCCCACCGUCUGGAACGGCGAGAGUAUGAUAGGCCGCAAUGAAUCCUGCGGCUCAGCUCAGAUACCGAUGUCUUACUUCACUUGCCUGCUGUACAUAUUGGAAGAAUGGACUGGCGUGCAGCACUUGGAGGAUUAUCUGAAUUAUGUGGCAUACCUUUUGUGGCUGUUUGCGCCUCUCGUUGUGUCUUUUAUACUUCCUGGACUUAUCCUACUCUUCCUCUACAUUAAUAUUAUCAUCCUUCAUAUUUAUAAGAGACGGACUGACUUAAAAGAGGCUUAUUCCAAUGAUUUCUGGGAUGGCGCACGGCAAGUGGUGGCAACUCUAUGGUAUGGGCACGCCAGGAUAUGGAACGGCUAUGAGCUGCACGGCAUCGAAAGAAUACCGGACGGCCCCGCACUCGUCGUCUUUUACCAUGGAGCGACUCCGAUUGACUUCUUCUAUUUCAUGGCCACCGUCCUGAUCAGGAAGAAGAGGAUCUGCCACAUCGUGGCCGACCACUUUGUCUUCUCGAUUCCAGGCUUUAAACUCUUGCUCGAUGUGUUCAGUGUGAAGCACGGAUCGCAGGAGGAGUGUGUGAAAGCACUAAGGAACGGCGACUUGCUGGCCAUCGCUCCGGGAGGCGUCCGAGAGGCCCUCUUCAGCAACGAAAACUACUCCAUCAUAUGGGGGAACCGUAAAGGAUUUGCUCAGGUGGCAAUCGAUGCCAAAGUGCCCAUCAUCCCGAUGUUCACACAAAAUGUUCGGGAAGGAAUCCGAUCCCUUGGUGGAAUAAAAUUCUUUAGGCUGAUGUAUGAAUAUCUCCGUUUGCCCCUCGUCCCGCUUUAUGGAAACUUCCCUGUCAAACUGCGCACCUUUCUCGGGGAGCCUAUUCCAUAUCAGCCCAAAGUAACUGCUGAGGAACUGGCGGAACAGGCAAAGAGCGGAGUCCAGUCUUUAAUAAACAAACAUCAGAAACUGCCGGGGAACGUUUUCAGAGCUCUAAUGGAACGAUUUGCGGUACAGAAAAAAGAAGACUAGUGCGAUCAGGAAAUGAUAAAUAGUUGUAAAGUAUUUUAAAAUAAUGUUUGUAACAUGAAUCUCAAAUGCAAUAUUUGAGAAGGUUCUUCCUGUACUGUUUUCUGCAGUUGUACAGUUUUACAGAGAAGCCGCCGUUCUCUACCCCCACAGAUGGUCACUCUUAAAUCCCGAGCUCAACCUUUAGAGACUGAUUUUUCUUAGAGUGCAAUUUUUUUUCCUCAUGCAGUAAGUUAUGUAAAGGCUUCAUCAGAAUGAGUGGAACACGUGCCAUUUCCACCUUGCCUUUACUCACUUGCAAGGCAAAUUAUUUCAGGGAUUAAAUUUAAUGAAAGUCGGGGAUAAACUGUUGCCUUACGAUCGGGGAGACCCGGGUUCAAAUCCUUGCUUGUGGUGAAACAGGAUGAUCUUGGGCCAGGCACUCUCUCAUCCUCACCUACCUCACAGGUUUGUUGUGAGGAUAAAAUAUAGAUGGGGAGAAUCAAGUAUGGCGUCCGGAACUCCUUAGAGGAAGGCAGAAAUAGGACAGAAAUGCACUAAAUAAAUACAUAAUUAUUUUAUUUAAAUGGAUAUUUCCCCAUUUCUAGUAUUAUCUGCUAUGAUAGGAAUGCUCCAUCUUGCUCAGGUGAAGUUAAGGCAGUACUCUUAAACGAAGCAUACCUCAAAAAGGCCCUGUCGUACACUAGAUUUUUACCAUGUCCGAGGAAAUUAUUUAAAGCGUGUCUACUAUCUGUCUUGUGUCAUUUGCGCUGGAAAUAUCGGGAAAUCUAUUCCAUUACAGUUGUUUUGAAAGCCAGUGCUUCAAGCGCACGUGAUCGGAACCUUCACGGUAUGCAUUGCGUGUAGCCGUGGGCUGUCUUGGUGCAUGCCUCCCCCUACCUUAGUGGGACCCCUGCCCCCCCCCCACACACACA